AUGCUUCUUCGAAUUGCUCUUUCCGCCUUAUCGACUGCGCUGGUCGCCUCCUUCGUGUCCUUCUGGCUAUUUGAACCUGAGCACAAGCCUAACAUGCCGUCAACCUCGGGCCGCAAGGAUACGGUACUCUAUCUAACCGACAGCUCGAGUGGUCUAUCGAAUAGCCAAAUUGCCUCGGCCUCCGCCCUCCUCGGGAGCCAACCCGAUAUCCAGCUAUACUGGGGCUCAUUUGCAAAUCCGCCGAUGGAACCGCAACUACGACGUCUAUCCGACGCUGCGAGACACAAAAGCGCCGAUGCAAAGCCCAUCAUCUUUCAUCUAAUGGGCACCGCGAGCUUGAUGGAAGUUAUGUAUAAGACAUACCCUUCAUUUGACGCUUUCAUCACCGAUUAUGGUUUGAAGGGUUAUGAUAAGAUGCUUCAGAUUGUGCAGAAUGUCCUCAUGCCAUGGACGCCGGAGGAAUACUUGGCGCUCUACGAGGAGACAGGGUUGAUCCGGCUGUCACUGUGGUGA